AUGCCUAUGUGUCUAGUGGCAGAUCCAGACCGAAAGUUAAUCGGGAUCCACUAUAUCGUUUAUGGCCGAUUGGAGCAGCUUCUGGUGACUAGCCGAUUGUGUCUCUGGUCUCCACUGUUGAAUGUGGAUGCAGCCCUACCCCUCUGUUACUCUCUCGAUCUCCCAACGAAGAUUUUCGCGCGUCGAUUCACACCAGGUUAUUGUCAAUUAAUGUCUACGAACCUUGAUACUAUUGAAUCGAGUUCCGAUGCUGUUGUUUCAGCUGAACUUCCGAGUAACAGUCAUGUCGCGUUGAGUAACGAGGUUAACGUUGCGGUUGAGGUUGGGGAUGAAUUGUUAGAAUCGAAUACUGGAACCCUAACGACGAAACCGUCUUCUGAUCAUGAUAGAGGUGGUACUGUUGCUCAUGAUUCGGUUAAUGAUUCUAGGGUUUCUCGAGAUGAAAGAGAAAAUGUUGAGAAAGAUCUAGAUGAAAAGGCAGAAGAAGAAGUUAAUCACGAGGAAAAGGAAGAAGAACAAGUUAAUCAUGAGGAAAAGGAAGAAGAAGAAGAAGAAGAAGUUAAUGAUGAGGAAAAGGAAGGUGAGUAUAAGGUCUCCGAUCUGGUUUGGGCAAAGGUAAGGAACUAUCCAUGGUGGCCUGGACAGAUAUUUGAUCCAUCUUCUUCAACAGAUGUAGCAAGGAAAUACUCAAAGAAAAAAGGGUUUCUCAUAGCAUAUUUUGGUGACCAAAGUUUUGCUUGGAAUGAGAAGUCAAAAAUCAAGCCAUUUAGGAAGAAUUUCUCAAAAAUGGUGAACCAAAGUAACAGCACAAAGUUUCUUCAUGCUGUUGAUUGUGCUUUGGAUGAAGCUUUGAGGCGAAUCGAGUUUGGAUUAUCCUGUUCUUGCUUGUCCAAAGAGGUAUAUGAGAAAAUCAAAUCCCAAACAUUAGUUAAUGCUGGAAUUAAGAAAGAAGAUAGUAGAAUCAAUGGUGGUGAUCGCUUUUCUACUGUUGCCACUUUCAAACCUGCUAAUGUUGUUCAAUCUGUGCAAGAUUUAGCUAGAGAACAGUUUGAUGGAUUCAACAAAUUACAGGUUUUGUCACUUAAUACUCAGUUAUGCUCAUACUAUCGUUGGAAAGGGUAUCAUCAAUUUUCUACACGCUAUUUUUUAGAUGGAUUAGAUGAGAAAGUAGAAGAGAAUUGUUCUGAGAUUCCUCUAAUUGCAAAACCAUCUUCUUCAGAUGAAAAGGUUUCAUCUAAAAAAAGGAAGCUGAAAGAUAAGAAGAUUGUUAAAGAUGAAAAACAAAAACCAGCUUCUAAACAUAAACACAAACGCAUGCGUAAUGGUAAUGGUGAUGGUGAUAUGAUCCCAAAAAAGAAACUGACAAAAGAUGGUGGCAAAAAAAGUCGGAAUGGAAUUGCAGAUAGAAAGCCAUCAGCUCCAAUUCCGAUUCCAACACCAAAAAGACUCUUUGGGGUUGGUGACAGCAUCUGUAGAAUUGCUAAAAAACUAUCAUUGUCGCCUUUGAUUCCCAUUCCCAAGAAGGAAUCUGAAUCGGAAUCCCAAUUCCAGUCCCAGGUAUCUAAGGAUUCUGAUUCCGAUUCCGAUUCUGAUUCCAAUUCCAAUUCCAAUACUGUUGAUGAGAAGCGUGUUGACCAAACUCAGGAGUCAACAAAGUCUGAUGAUGUGUCAACCAAAUCUGAGAUAAGUGAUUCAAGUCUGAAAACCACAAGCAAAGAGAAGUUUGCUGCACUGAUUCUAAAGUUUACAAAUUUGGAUUCCAUUCCAUCGGUGACAAAUCUGAAUGAGAUAUUUAGGGUGUAUGGGAGUUUGAUGGAAUCAGAGACUGAAGUGUUGAAGAAGAGUAGUUGUGCUAAAGUUGUGUUUGAGGAAAAAACAAAUGCAGAAGCUGCUUUUAGUAGUGCUGGAAAGUUUGGUAUUUUUGGACCUUCUCUUAUUAGUUACAGACUUGAUUAUUCACCAACACCAAGGAAAAUCUAUACAAGAAAGGGAAAGAAAAAGAAUGGAAAAGGCAAUUCCGUUUGA